CGCGGCCGCUCACAUCCGCUGCGGCUGCGACGGGCUCCAUUUAUCGAUCGGAGGGCAAAGCCGACGGGAAAAUAGCGAGCGGAAGCCUCCUGCCCUCGACCGACAACAGGAUCACCGGCUUGUUGCUCCCCCAACCCCCGCGCCAUGGCGGACAACAACAACCGAUAUCAGGCGUUGCAGAAUGAGGAAGAACCUUUGGAAGUGUCAGAAUCUGGGGCUGAGGCUGCUCCUCCACCAUAUAGCAGCAUUGCAGUAGAGAGUGCAGCCUUCUUUGAUUACAAAGAGGAUUCUGCAUUUCCAAAGCCCCCGUCCUACAGUGUAGCAACUACCCUCCCUUCGUAUGAUGAGGCUGAACGAACGAAAGUUGAAGCAACCUUGCCUCUGGUGUCUGGAAGGGAUGAUGAUUUUUCAGGACGGGAUGACUAUGAUGAUGCUGAUCAACUGAGGAUAGGGAAUGAUGGCAUAUUCAUGCUGACAUUCUUCAUGGCAUUUCUCUUCAACUGGAUUGGGUUUUUCUUAUCAUUUUGUUUGACGACUUCAGCUGCUGGCAGGUAUGGGGCCAUCUCUGGUUUUGGCCUCUCUCUGAUUAAGUGGAUCCUCAUUGUUCGGUUCUCCACUUACUUUCCUGGAUAUUUUGAUGGCCAAUACUGGCUCUGGUGGGUUUUCCUGGUGCUGGGAUUUCUGCUGUUCCUCCGUGGAUUCAUUAAUUAUGCAAAAGUUAGGAAAAUGCCAGAUACUUUUGCUACCCUGCCAAGGACUCGGGUCCUUUUCAUCUAUUAAAGAUGGUUUCCUGGAGAGUGAUUUCCUGCUUCCGUAGGUUGAACAACUCGUUCACUUGCAACUGACACCUGCAGGAAGUGGACACGACCGUGAAACAAAAGGAGGGACGUGGGGGUGGGUUGGGUGGGAGAAAGUUCACUGCAUUAAAAUGGAAAGUGAGGGCAGUGUUUCAUAUCUAUGUUUUUAGAUGUACAAUUUUAAUAGUGAAUGCUGAAAACUUGUAAUCAUUAAACUGUUUUAGUGGCUUCUGUUGAAGUGCUACUGCAAAACUGGUCUGUGAUGUACUAACAAUGCCUUAUUCAUUUGUAGUUAUUACCUAGCAUGCACUUUGCCCUUUUAGCCAAUAGAGGGCAAAAUUGCUUUACUAUUCCCUCCACGUUUUAUCGUCAAUGGGUUUAAAGAAAAGGCAACAUAGUAUAGAAAUGAUGCUGGUCAUGAUAUGUUUAAAAUAAUGUACUUCUUGAGGCUUACUAUCUCUGUAAAAUGGUGAGAUGAUAUGUUAUUGUUUGCAGAACAGCUCUUCUGCAUUUUAAAAACUGAGUAAUGCACAUUCUGUGCUUUCUGGACUGUACCUUUGGGUUUUAUUAUAUUCUAAAAUAUAUGACUGUAAAUAAAUCAGAAGAUUUAAUAAAUGUGACUUCUAUAGGCACUUUCAGAAUCGGUGCCUGUUCAGUGAAACAGACAAACCCUUUUACAUUGAUUUCUCUUCUUUCACAUGUCACCAUUCAUUUACUUCUCUCCUUAUUCUUAUUUGUUCAUUGGUUUCCAUUUGCCAGAUAUUCCCAACUGCAUUCUUGGCAAAUCCUUACAAGUUCCGCUGUUGUGUUGCAGCUGGAUGUGCAAGACUCUUGUUAAGUAGAGGGUACCUCGGUUUAUUGCUUUGUAUGAAUGUGCGUGCGUGCGCACACACAAACACACACACACACACACGAGCGCACACACACACUAGUGUUGAUUUUUAGCUAUGUUUACUGACAGUGAAACUUGUCAGCAUUUAAGUCUAUCAUCUUGAAAUUAUUGUGCCACAAAGAAAACCAUUCAGCUCAUCAGUGUUAUUAAGGUUUGAGCAAGAAGAAUGGAUACUUUGGACAAGAAGAAAGCCACAACUCAGCACCUCCAAUUGAGUGACACCAAGUCCAUUGUACUGAAGCAUCACUGUCCCCCUUUACUGCUCUAAUGUUCACGUUAAACGGAGUGAACAUCCACUGAGAAUGAAGACUGCCGCAAGUGGGUGGCUGAACUAAAUUUCACAGUGCUCUUGAAGCUGAAUUAUUUUCAUUUAUUCUGUUCGCUAUGUAUGUUAUACUUGAAUAAGCGCAGGUUUAAAAAUGCCAAUCAGAUGAGUUUGAUGUUGUAAUGUAUGGUGUGCAGUGCUGAUCUAAUAUCCCCUCUUGAAUCUUUCACCGAAUGGUCUGUGGCAUGUGGAUAUUGUUCUGUAUUUGUGUCUUUGCUGUCUCUGGGGAAGACUUGUUUACAGAACAAAAAUAAAAAUUCAAACAGGU